GUGCUUGUGAGAGGUCGCAUUAUUCUUGCUGAAAUCAUCGAUGUAGUUCCUGAGCCUGGGAAGCCCACUUCAAAGCAUAAAAUAAAAAUCUUAUAUGAUAAGGAACAGAAAGGACCGGUAACCGCCUUGGCAUCUAUCAACGGCCUGUUGUUGAGUGGCAUGGCACAAAAGAUAUUCAUCUGGGGUUUUCGUGACAAUGACUUGCAAGGUAUCUCAUUUUUGGAUAUGCAUUACUAUGUGCAUUCUUUGAUCUCUAUGCGUAAUCUUGCGAUCGCAUGCGAUAUGCAUGACUCUAUGUCGUUGAUUCGCUUUCAGGAGCAAUUCAAAGCCCUUUCUGUUGCAUCUCGGGACGAUCGUGUAGAUGUCCCAUUCCCUAUGGCUGCACAAUUUCUAGUCGAUAACAAUCAUCUGGCUUUCCUAAUGUCUGAUGAAGCUGGCAACAUAUGCUUAUUCAACUACAUGCCAGAGACACAAGAAUCUAAUGGAGGAGAACGACUAGUGCUAAGAGGUGUUCUGAACAUAGGCACGAACGUGAAUGCGUGGCUUCGGGUGAAAGGUCGGCUUGAAUGCUUUCACGGGCAUACGUCAUUGUUUGCGGUGUCACCACUUGAUGUCAAAAGCAUCACACAGCAGCAAACCAGUGUAUGGGCAUCUCUUGAUGGCUCUCUUGGCAUUGUGCGCCCUGUUUCCGAAAGGCAGUUUAGGUGCAGUUGCUGCGAUUGA